AUGGAAGACUCGGCGCCGGUUCAGGAUGACACAUCGGAUCCGUCAUGGGGUGAUUUACCUGUUGUACUCAUAGCAAACGAUGGAGACAUCGUCCUGGACGUAACAUUCGAGACGUCCAGAGAAACAAUCGCCGCUGCUCGAAAGACUUGGCAGGCUGCUGCGAAGAAAUUCGGCGCCCCACGCAUUCCUCAACCCAAUCUAAGCCCGAUCAUCAGAGUGGCGUACCGCGUCAAGCUCUCCGUGCUGAAAAAACAAUCGCGGUACUUUGCCAACCUCCUCGGAAACAAACAGUUUUCUGAAGCAAGCAACGUCGAAGACACUCUCGCUCGCCUGGCAGCUGAGAAGCUCAAACUAGCCGAGGUGGACGCCAGGGAACUGCCAUGGAUUACCAUCGUCGACGACGAUGAAGCUACGCGGUCCAUUGGUCGUGAGAAGGUCUUUGAGGACUUGUUAAGGAUCAUACAUGGGAUGCAAAUGCAAUCCACAGCUGUUAAUAUGCUUCAUGUGACUACUCUAGCCAUAUUGGCGGAUCGAUUUGAUUGUCGAACCGUAGUCUCGAGAUACCUCAGUAUCGACUUGAAGUUUAAGUGGCCUCUUACAAGUGCCAAACCUGUUCGCACCAACACGCCAAAGAAGACUGUUGACGUUGAAAAUAUACUCCGGCAAAAGAUCUUGGUUGCUUGGCUUUUAGAGCAGCCACCCAGACUUCAUAAUUACACACGCGAACUCAUUCUGCGCGGUUCAGUGCGCUGGAGUAAUUUGGCCAUCGAGGAGCCCACGCGAUCAGAGUUAUGGUGGAACCUGCCAGAUGAUCUAGAACGAGAAUUGCAAUAUCGGCGAGAAAGCAUCUUGAACACUAUUGCAUCUAUACAACGCCACUUCCUUGCUCUCUACUCUUCUCGCGAGAGACAAUGCAAACUUGGUUACGACUCGAGUUCUGCCUGUGACUGUUUCCAACUGGGCCAAAUGUUGAAGUUCUUCACAAGCAAGGAGUUAAUGGGUGUGGUUGAUUUCGGACCUAGCUCCUUGGACAACAUUCCAGACUCGUCAGUCGUCGACAUUGAAGAUAUAUUGGCCACAUUGAAGCAAAUACCAAGUUAUCAGAUUGAUAAGCAUCAUACCAACUGCGGCAUACGAACCCGUCUCGAACCUAUUAUAGAGUACAUCCGGUCGAUGUUGUCAUCUACUCUGCUCUCUGUUUCUCAAGUUGACUGGAAGAACAACCGUUUGGCUGCCAGUUGGAUCCCAGCUGACGAUAACACGAGCUUGAAUAAAGAGGAAAAGGUGUUCGAGUUUACUCGUGGUUUGGCAAGCGAUCAGCGACUUCGAUACGAAGGCAACAUAUAUGCGGAUAAGAUGGCUCACAAGCUAUUUACUGCUGAUAAAUGGAACUGGACGCCCGAAUAUUAG